AAGUUUCUGGGUGGUCGUCAUGGACACUUAUGGGAUUUUGGUUACUGUUGCUCUGUUCCUCGGGACCGCCUCAGCGGCCUCGCUGGGCGUGGUGUACACAGAGGGAGGUAUGGUGAAGGGGAAAAGCCUUGACGUCGGACUGUUUCGCUGGGUGGACGAGUUCAGAGGAAUUCCCUUUGCCGAUCAACCUGGGAGAUUUGAGAAGCCCAAACGUCACUCUGGCUGGGAUGGCAUUCUCAAGGCAACUAAGUUCAUGCCCAGGUGUCUCCAGGUGAAUCUUCUGCAAACUGAAACCCGUGGCAGUGAGAAUUGUCUCUACCUGAACAUAUGGGUUCCUCAUGGACGUUCAGUGUCUACUGAUCUGCCAGUCAUGGUGUGGAUCUAUGGAGGUGCCUUCCUGGUUGGUGGAUCCAUGGGUGCUAAUUUCCUGGACAACUACCUGUAUGACGGAAAGGAGAUUGCAGACAGGGGCAACGUUAUCGUGGUGACUGUGGCCUACCGAGUGGGAACUCUCGGGUUCCUCAGCUCUGGAGACGCCAGCGGACCUGGGAACUAUGGGCUGUGGGACCAGCAUGCUGCCAUUUCUUGGGUGCACAGGAACAUCCGUAGCUUUGGAGGAGACCCUGACAACAUCACCCUCUUUGGAGAAUCUGCUGGUGGAGCUAGUGUCAGCUUCCAGAUGUUGACUCCACACAACAAGGGUCUGUUCAAAAGGGUCAUCAGCCAGAGUGGAGUUGCCGUCUGUCCCUGGGCCGUCAACAGGAACCCUCGUGCUCUGGCAGCUGAGAUUGCUACGAAGGUGAACUGCCCAACUGAUGACACGAUGAUGGCUUGCCUGAAAAUGACUGACCCUGCCACCCUUACCCUUGCAGGCUCCUUAGGCUUGAAAGGAUCUGCCUCUGCACCCAUUGUACAAAAUCUGGCCCUCGCAGGAGUGAUAGACGGAGACUUCCUCCCUGAUGAUCCAGCCAACCUGUUCCACAAUGCUGCUGAUAUUGACUACAUUGGUGGGGUCAACGACAUGGAUGGUCACCUCUUUGCUGGCAUGGACAUCGGCUCCAUCAACCAGCCCCUGCAGGACACCCCGGUGGAGGAUGUGAAGACCCUCCUGGGUGCCCUCACCAAGGAGAAGGGGCAUGCUGCUGUGGACAGUGCUUUCAACCUGUACAGCAUGAACUGGGGCAACAAGCCCAGCAAGGAGUCGAUCAAGAGGGCUGUGGUGGAAAUUGAGUCAGACUACAUCUUUGUGGUGCCUACCCAGGUGGCUCUCUACCUGCACGCCUCCAAUGCCAAGACUGCUCGCACCUACUCCUACAUGCUGUCAGAGCCCAGCCGUAUGGCUGGCCUGGGCAAACCUUACCCAAGCUGGAUGGGGGCAGACCACGCCGAUGACCUGCAGUACGUGUUCGGCAAGCCCUUCACUACGCCUCUCGGAUAUUGGCCCAGAUACCGUGACCUAUCCAGAUACAUGAUCGCCUACUGGACUAACUUCGCCCAGACCGGAAACCCCAACAAGGGGGAGUCCAAGGUUCCAGUGACCUGGCCAUCUUUCACCAGCGCUGGGCACCAAUAUCUGGAGAUCCACUCUAAGAUGAAUAGAAACUACGUGAAGCAGAAGUUGAGGAUGCGCCAUGUCCACUGGUGGUCCAGCAUUUACCCCCGCCUGCCCACAGUCCAGACCUCAGAGUAGAUCACAGAGUGCAGAGGUCAUCCUCAAUACCCAACAGACGAAACAUCAAGAUGUUUAAAAAGCUACCCACUUUGGUUGUUAUAUUUGUGCCGUCAUCUUUUGAAGCUAUUUGUAUUUGCCAAUCCAUAGCAUAAAGAUCAACUAUGAUGUAACUAACACAACAUACAAAAUAAAUAGUUGUAUUAAUGUGAAUGUCAAUUUUUCUGACUUUUUCC